CAAAGAUACUAGGAUGUGGAGCUUGCGGGUGCCAGGUUACCCCCCAGUUGGCAGGAACACAAGGUACCCAUCGAUUAAUUUCAUUCCUUCUUUCAUUGCGUUGGCGACCUAAGAGCACUCCGCAGCUCAUUCUCACCAAGAGGCACCGCCUACCGUCCAUCGUCAUAGAGAUUGAAGAUGGGCCAACCACCCAUAUGAAAGCCUUCCACGGCGCGAGUAUAUUUAAUUAUUCAGCAUUCUAUCUUACGCUAGAAGCUGCUUCAACCCAAAUCGAAGCCUCACUCGGUAUUCGCACUCGUGCAGAGGCCGCCAAACUGGGUGCGGACGGGGAUCCUGGUGGUAAAGACGUUCCGCGCCCAGUCCAUGACGUUGACGGUGGCCGUCUGGCCGUAGGUACCGGCGCCUGGGCUUCCCACCCUCGAGCAGUCCUGCACGCCGGUCGAGUAGUCGAAGGCGGACUGGCCGGCGAAGUUGUGGGACCAGAUGGCCAGCUCGUGGUACUCGGGGUCCCCGUUGGAGUUGUGCGUGACCCAGUCUUCGCGGAUGUCGACGGCCGCGCCUGCCGCCGAGAAGCCACUGCCGUGCACCUCGAUGAUGUUCACGUGGCCGGCCCGGUCUGUGAACCACGUGAUGGAGAAGUUGCCGAUCGGCGGCGGAGGCGGCGGCGGCGGCUUCUUGACGCACGUGUAAGUUGCCGACGAGCAGAUGUAGUUGAGCGGGCAGCAGAGGUCGUCGCACAGCACGCGCGGGGGCGUGCAGACGGGCGAUGGCCCGUUGGGGUUGAUCGGCGCUCGAGCAACAAUGGCAGCCUGAGCAGGCGAGCUGCCGCCGAGGACGGAGAGCAGGGCGACACACAGCAGCCCCUUCAUGUUAGACUCAAAGUAAAGGAGAUGUAACGAGGAACGAAGGAGACGAUACCAAAGCCCUCGGCAGAAUGGGCGGUGGCAUGUUUUAUAUGUUGUCA